AAUUGUGUAAUUUAUCAUUUUAUUUAUGGGACCAAUCAAUGGCAAAUGGAGCGCAGCGAGGGAACCCAAUCCCCCGCUCUAUAAACGGUAGACGCCAGUUAACGCAGGCCGAGUCAUGUGAUUUAUUGAGAGAGAGUGAAGAAGAAGAAGAAGAAGAAGAAGAAGAAAGAAAGGACGCAAGGCGUGAUGUUCUCGCGUCAUCCAUGAGAAGAGGUCAAACGCCAUUCACUCUCCAUCCGUUAAUCCCAUGAGAAGGGGUCUUCGUGGCAUCCACUGCACGAAGUGUGCUUCACGAUCUUCUCCGCCUUUUGCCAAUUUGCUUUCUCCUUCCUCCUCCCACUCCGCCGCAUGACCAUUUCUGAGCUCCCCUAAAAAGUAAAAAAAAAAAAAAAAAAAAAAUUGUAUCUCCCCACCCCUCUUCCUCUGAUUUUUUUCUCUCUUUCCUUCUUUUUCUUUGUGGGUUUUCUUCCUAUUUCCCCGAUUUCCUUUUCAUUUGCCCAUCUGGGUCUUCUCCAUUCGACCCAGUUUGUUCUCUCUCUUCUGCAUUUUCUUCUUGUUGUAUUUUUUCUUUUGUUGGGAUUAUUUCAUUUUGUUGUUUUCCUUGGGGAUUUUGUGUUUUCCCAUCUGGGUUUCUUGUUUGUUUCACUGGAAUCCCUCUUUUCCGCCGCGUUAUUCUGCAAUCUCAAUUGGGGUUCUUAGGUUUUUGUUGCUUUCUUUGGGGAAAUACAGAGCCCCUUCAAACUGGGUUUUGUGUUAUUUUCCUCUUUUGCGACGCUGUUAUGAUUUUUUCUUGAUCACUGUUGGUUGUUUUGCUAUUGGAUUGGUCGAUUUCAAGUUCCGAAAUCAUGGGAUUUGACAAAAGCAAAACGGAUGAGAGUGCAGCAGCGUCUGAAUCAAAAUCACCCGUAACUGGUCAUGAAGGUGUCCACCAUGACCCUGCAGGGGAGAGAUUGAGCAGGAAGAUGAGCGAGAGCUCCAUAUAUGCAACCGAUGAAGAUGAAGACGUUGAGGAAGAUGAAAGGAAGAUACAAUUGGGUCCUCAGUACACUCUUAAAGAACAACUCGAGAAGGACAAGGAUGAUGAGAGCUUGAGGAGGUGGAAGGAACAGCUUCUUGGGAGCGUAGACUUCAAUUCUGUUGGAGAAACUCGAGACCCAGAAGUCAAGAUUGUGAGCCUGGCAAUCAGAUCCCCAGGCAGACCUGACAUUGUUCUUCAAAUUCCUGAGGCUGGAAAUCCCAAGGGCCUGUGGUUUACUUUGAAGGAAGGUAGCCGUUACAGCCUCAAGUUCACUUUCGUGGUCAGCAACAACAUUGUAUCUGGCCUCAGAUACACGAAUGCUGUUUGGAAAACUGGUGUCAAGGUGGACAGCACGAAAGAGAUGAUCGGAACCUUCAGUCCUCAGCCGGAGCCUUAUACCCAUGAGAUGCUUGAAGAGACUACCCCAUCUGGGAUUUUUGCUAGAGGAUCGUAUUCGGCUAGAUCGAAGUUUCUUGAUGAUGACAACAAGUGCUACUUGGAGAUCAACUACACUUUCGACAUCCGGAAAGACUGGGCAUCAACUUAGAGCCUAGAAAUAUUUUUUUUGCCCUCCAAAGUUGUCCCUUUCUCUCCCUCCGUUAGUUUUCUUUAAUUGAAAUUAAUUAGCGUCUUGUUUUCCCCUAAGACAAGCACCUCCUAAUAUUCAUUCUCUUAAAUUAUUGAUUUUGCUCAUCCCUACUGAGUGGUAUAUGCCUGGUUAGCUGACCGACCGACCGACCGAAGAGGUAGAUCAUAGAAAAGCUAGAUUUGUGUUCAGUGAGUUUUCUCAAAUAAAUUUGAGCUGUCUCUCUCUCUCUCUGUGUCUGUUGGUUCCUCUUGGGCCCUUGGAUUUUCAGCAGGAACUGACUUGAUUCUAUGUUAAGCUUGAUUUAUUUAAUGUAGAUUGAGCUCGGUAACCAUUUCGUUUGAGGAAUGGAAUAUAGGAAUUUGGAUAAUUGCACCCUUGUUUUUUUUUUUUUUUUCCUUAUCUGUGAUUUCUUCUUGGGAUGUUGGUUCGUCACAGGCUGCUGUUUGGUUUGUUCUUUUCGAACACUGGCAAUUUUAAGAACAGCAGGACUUUUCUUAUAA